AUGGAGACCUUCUUCUACCGCCCCUGUCUUAAUAAAGCUGCGUGUUUCACUUCGGCAUCAACUUGCUUUUGCUGUGGUUUGGCAUUUCCCUCCACCCACACAUGUGACGAAAAGGGGAAACAAGACUGGGUCCUGGCCACAACUUCAGCUGAGGAACUUGGCACGGCCAGCUUGGGACCCAGGACCCUAACGUGUAGCAGAGGCGCUGUGUUUGGAAGUCCCGCUAUCACGGCCCCCCAGAUGGGGCCUGGACGAUGCCUCCUGACGGCCUUGUUGCUUCUGGCCCUGGCGCCACCGCCGGAAGCCUCCCAGUACUGCGGCCGCCUUGAAUACUGGAACCCAGACAACAAGUGCUGCAGCAGCUGCCUGCAACGCUUCGGGCCGCCCCCCUGCCCGGACUAUGAGUUCCGGGAAAACUGCGGACUCAAUGACCACGGCGAUUUCGUAACGCCCCCGUUCCGAGAGUGUUCUUCUGGGCAGUGCAACCCCGACGGCGCGGAGCUAUGUAGCCCCUGCGGCGGCGGAGCCGUGACCCCUACUCCCGCCGCGGGCGGGGGCAGAUCCCCGUGGCGCUGCAGAGAGAGGCCGGUCCCUGCCAAGGGGCACUGCCCCCUCACACCUGGAAACCCAGGCGCCCCUAGCUCCCAGGAGCGCAGCUCACCAGCAAGUUCCAUUGCCUGGAGGACCCCUGAGCCUGUCCCUCAGCAGGCCUGGCCGAAUUUCCUUCCGCUCGUGGUGCUGGUCCUGCUCCUGACCUUGGCGGUGAUAGCGAUCCUCCUGUUUAUUCUGCUCUGGCAUCUCUGCCGGCCCAAGGAGAAAGCCGACCCCUAUCCCUAUCCUGGCUUGGUCUGCGGAGUCCCCAACACCCACACCCCUUCCUCCUCGCAUCUGUCCUCCCCAGGCGCCCUGGAGACAGGGGACACAUGGAAGGAGGCCUCACUACUUCCACUCCUGAGCAGGGAACUGUCCAGUCUGGCGUCACAACCCCUGUCUCGCCUCCUGGAUGAGCUGGAGGUGCUGGAAGAGCUGAUUGUACUGCUGGACCCUGAGCCUGGGCCAGGUGGGGGUAUGGCCCAUGGCACUACUCGACACCUGGCCGCAAGAUAUGGGCUGCCUGCUGCCUGGUCCACCUUUGCCUAUUCGCUGAGGCCCAGUCGCUCGCCGCUGCGGGCUCUGAUUGAGAUGGUGGUGGCAAGGGAGCCCUCUGCCUCCCUGGGCCAGCUUGGCACACACCUCGCCCAGCUAGGGCGGGCAGAUGCAUUGCGGGUGCUGUCCAAGCUUGGCUCAUCUGGAGUUUGCUGGGCUUAACACCCAAUAAAGAACUUUGCUGACUACUAA